AUGAGUUGGGAAGGUCAACUUGAAUCCAAAUGGAUGUAUGAAAGGAAAACCGGACAACAAGGUCGAACAAAGUCGCCAUUUUUUCAGAGCAAGGUUCGGUUGUUAACAAAUGGCAAGUCUAAUCAUCUCUCCCCCAUUGAUCUCAUCCUCAAAAAGAACCAAACCAGAGUUCAAAACUUCCCAUUCUUCUACCCAUGGUGGUGGGAUGAUCAUAUCAAUGCAGAGACCAUUGGAGGAGAUAUACAGCAUAAGGGUAGAAAAGAACGUGUCAAAAGAGCGAUUAUCAGAGCUUGGGGUGUCAAAAUGGUCAACAUGGAAGACAGUAAUGAAACUGGAGUUGAAGGUAUCAAUUUGACACCAAUAAUGGGUCAAAAAACAAAUGAUCAAAAAGAAAAUGAAGAUGAAGAGGAAAAUCUGAAGAAGAAAAUGAUAAUGAUGAAGUCAACCGGAAGUGGAUUACUUGCUUGA